CACAUGACGCUGGACACACGGCUCAGCCUGUGCAGUCAGAAUUACAGGCUGCCUCUGAGUGUAUGGGUUCAUGGUUAACUAAGUUAAUUUAAACAAAGAGACCAUGGAAGAUAAUGAGAUGAGUGUGCCGCAUUCGCCUGUGACUCAUGCCAGGUUUUAUGAUUUCCAUAUAGACAACGACGAUGUUCGGAACCAACAAGAUUGGAGCAAUAAGGAGUUCAAUAAUAUGAUGAACCAGGAUAGUCAGCUUGACUACAUAAACUCUGAUCACAAAGAAAAAGCAGCAUAUUUUGACAUAUUUGACUUGGCACCCGUUGGUUCCUCUGAUAAGAAACUUGAGCUAUUUCCAAAAUGGUGUUUACCUGUAAAAGUGGCAGCUAUUCUGUCACUGUUUGUAUUUAUUUACACUUUCGGCAGAGAAGUACUUCACCCUUAUCUAAUGUACGGCAAAAAUGAAUUUUACAGAACUCCCAUUCUGGUGGUGAAUAAAGUAUUGCCAGUGGUUUCCAUCACACUUUUGACUUUGGUUUAUCUGCCUGGGAUUUUGGCUACAUGUUUCCAGCUUCACCGAGGAACAAAAUACCAAAGAUUUCCAAAAUGGCUGGACAUGUGGAUGCUUAGAAGAAAACAGUUUGGACUCCUGAGUUUUUUCUACGGAGUAAUGCAUGCCAUUUACAGCUUAUCCUAUCCCAUGAGAAGGUCCUACAGAUACCGGCUUCUGAAUUGGGCAUUUCAACAGGUAAAGGACCAACGAGAAAAUGCGUGGAUAGAACAUGAUGUAUGGAGAAUGGAAAUAUAUGUGUCCCUUGGAAUUAUAGCACUUGGUAUCCUGAGCCUUUUGGCCGUGUCGUCGAUCCCAUCUGUUGGUGCCUCACUAUCAUGGAGAGAGUUUCAUUUCAUCCAGAGCAAGUUGGGGUAUCUUGCGCUUUUCCUUUGCACUCUUCACGCAAUGAUAUUUGCUUGGAACAAAUGGGUGGAUUUGAGCCAGUUUAUAGGGUAUACACCUCCUACAUUCAUGCUAGCGGUUAUUCUCCCUUCCUUCGUCCUGCUUUGUAAAGUGAUCCUCUUUCUGCCAUGUUUAAAUAGAAGAAUACAGAAGAUAAGAUGUGGCUGGGAAUCAAAGCACAAGAUGGACAACAACAGUAUCAUGUGUCACCUAUAGACUUUAAACUGCAGCAUACACGUAAUACAUUCAAUGCAGAAAAGCAGGAAA